GGGGUGGAGAAUCUCUCGCAGUAAUUAGUUCUACGUGGAGACUUUGUUUUGCUCUUCGUCCUCUUCCCUUUCCUUUUUUGUACCAGAAAUAUCUAAGCUGGUGCUGCUACUGAGCUCCAAACAGCUGGAGUUCUUCCCUGUGCUCGUUUGGUUUUGACGUGUGUGUGUGUGUGUGUGGUGUGUGUGUGUGUGGACGUGUACGUGUGUGGACGUGGAUACAUACUCUGGACUGGCAAAGGAAGCUGCAUUGCAUUCCUCUCUCCCUCUCCCCUCCUGCAGUCUGGGCUAUCCGCGUCUUCGCCUAGGAAGGACGGGAAGUUUUAUUUGCAGCACACAGCCUGUGGCGAAUGGUGGGAAUCUCCGGCCCUUUGCAGUAAAAGAUUGAUCUCUGGGCUGGUGAACGUAAUAUCUGUCCCAGUCAGAAAAGGAGAGGAAAUUAGCAGAUCGGUUGGUGGAGAAUGAUAUCUGUCAAAAGAAACACUUGGAGAGCACUGAGUUUAGUAAUAGGUGACUGCCGGAAAAAAGGGAACUUUGAAUUUUGUCAAGAUCGCAGUGAAAAGCAUUCCACAAUGCCAGACUCACCUGUGGAUGUGAAGACACAAUCCCGACUGACGCCUCCAACGAUGCCACCUCCUCCAACGACCCAAGGAGCGCCAAGAAGCAGUUCAUUCACACCCACAACGUUAACUAAUGGCACAAGCCAUUCACCCACAGCUUUGAAUGGAGCUCCAUCUCCACCCAAUGGCUUUAGCAAUGGGCCUUCCUCUUCUUCCUCUUCCUCUCUGGCUAAUCAGCAGUUACCACCAGCCUGUGGAGCAAGGCAACUCAGCAAAUUGAAGAGAUUUCUUACUACCUUGCAGCAGUUCGGCAAUGACAUUUCACCAGAAAUAGGGGAAAGAGUCCGUACUCUUGUACUAGGAUUGGUGAACUCUACUUUGACAAUUGAAGAAUUUCAUUCCAAACUGCAAGAAGCUACUAACUUCCCACUGCGACCUUUUGUCAUCCCAUUUUUGAAGGCCAACCUCCCCCUUCUACAACGGGAGCUUCUGCACUGCGCAAGACUGGCCAAACAGAACCCUGCCCAGUACCUCGCUCAACACGAACAGCUGCUCCUGGAUGCCAACACCACCUCACCUGUUGAUUCCUCAGAGCUGCUUCUCGAUGUGAACGAAAACGGGAAGAGGCGAACUCCAGACAGAACCAAAGAAAAUGGCUUUGACAGAGAGCCUUUGCACUCAGAGCAUCCAAGCAAGCGGCCAUGCACUAUUAGCCCAGGCCAGCGGUACAGUCCAAAUAAUGGCUUAUCUUACCAGCCCAACGGCCUGCCUCACCCCACCCCACCGCCACCUCAGCAUUAUCGUUUGGAUGAUAUGGCCAUUGCCCACCACUACAGGGACUCCUACCGACACCCCAACCACAGGGACCUCAGGGACAGGAGCAGACCUAUGGGGUUGCAUGGCACACGUCAAGAAGAAAUGAUUGAUCACAGACUAACAGACAGAGAAUGGGCAGAAGAAUGGAAACACCUUGACCAUCUCUUAAACUGUAUUAUGGACAUGGUAGAAAAAACAAGGCGAUCUCUCACUGUGCUACGGCGAUGUCAGGAAGCAGACAGGGAGGAGCUCAAUUACUGGAUCCGUCGAUACAGUGAUGCAGAAGACUUAAAGAAAGGUGGUGGUGGCAGCAGCAGCAGCAGCAGCCACUCCAGGCAGCAGAGUCCUGUCAAUCCAGAUCCAGUUCCACUAGAAUCACAUCGGGAAUUCCUUCACAGGCCUGCUUCUGGAUAUGUGCCAGAGGAGAUCUGGAAGAAAGCUGAGGAAGCAGUCAAUGAGGUGAAACGUCAAGCUAUGACUGAGUUGCAGAAGGCUGUGUCAGAGGCAGAGCGGAAGGCCCAUGACAUGAUCACUUCAGAGAGGGCCAAGAUGGAGCGAACAGUUGCAGAAGCAAAGAGGCAGGCCGCUGAAGAUGCCCUGGCCGUUAUCAACCAACAGGAAGAUUCAAGUGAGAGUUGCUGGAAUUGUGGUCGUAAAGCAAGUGAAACCUGUAGUGGUUGCAAUACGGCAAGAUACUGUGGCUCAUUUUGCCAGCACAAAGACUGGGAGAAGCACCAUCACAUCUGUGGACAGACCCUCCAAGCCCAACAGCAGGGAGAGACACCAGCAGUCAGUUCCUCUGUGACUCCCAACAGUGGGGCAGGGAGCCCUAUUGACACACCACCAGCAGCCACUCCUAGGUCAACUACCCCUGGCACCCCAUCCACCAUAGACACAACUCCUCGUUAAAAAUGAACUCAGAACUGUUAGAGGAAAACCAACAAAACAAACAUGAAACCAAUUCUUCAUCCUCAGAUGCUCAAAGUUUUUUUUUUUUAAUACUUCAGCAAAAGAGAACUUACUGUAUCUUGAGGCAGUAGUAAAAACUAAAACAAAAAAACACACACAAAAAAACCAGAAGGCCAGUAACGGGUCAUAAUGACUUAUUGUGGAUUACAAAGAUAUCU